CACAGAAUACCCGCACAUUCCGAGUUACCUAAACCCCUCCAACGGACCUGUACCCUGUGUCGUCUGCGGAGACAACGCCACGGGCUUCCAUUACCGUGCCAUGAUCUGUAAUGGGUGCAUGGCCUUCUUUCGUCGUUUGGUGCAAAAUAAACACCAGUACACGUGUUUAUUCAAUGGCCAGUGCUCUGUCGACGGUAAGCAGAAUCGGAAUAGAUGCAAGAAAUGCCGACUUGAACUGUAUCAAGUAUCGAUUUGCUGA